GAUCACACUGGCCUUCUUCAAACUGAGACUGUCUCACCUGAAUCCCAUCUCGGACAGGGUGCUUUUUAUAACUUGUAAUAUAUAUAUUUUUUUCUUUGUUUUGGAAUUUGGUACCAGAGUACAACUGUAUGCAGUGGUGGUACAACUGUAUCCCAGCAGUGCAAGAACAAUGUCAUCUCUACUUUCUCAAAACAAAGAUGAGCCGUUCAUCAGAAAAUCGUUGUCUGACUCUUGUCCAGCUUCAUCUGCUGCCAACACCAGAAGCCUGAGGCAUGAAAGGCUGUCUAGAUUAGACUCCUCUAGCUCAUCUGACGUCUCCAAUGACACAUCAACAAACCAUGCAGAGUCCUACUUUUUACGAAGGGAGAACAGACUGUCUGCAAAGAAGAAGGCAGAAGAAGAGAAGAUGAACAGUGACUAUAAAAAGAUGUAUGAAAAGGCACUGGCAACAAAUCAAAGGCUCAAGUCCCGACUAGAGACCAGCAAACAAGACCUGGCUGCAGUUCAGGACCAGCUGCACACUGCACAGAAGGGAAAACCAGAUGAGUGUACUUCAAAAAUGCUCGAAGCAGAGAAAAAGGAAAGUUGGAGCCUUAAAAAGAGGAUAUCAGAUAUGGAAGAACAAUUAAAGGUGAAAGCUGAGCUGAAGCUAGAGAACCAGAGGCUGAAGGAUGAGAAUGGGGCUUUAAUCCGUGUCAUUACUAAACUCUCCAAGUAAAACAGGAAGCAGGAGGGGGAGAGGAAGGGGGCACACAUAAAAAGCUAUUUUUAAAUCCAGUAAAGGAAUAAACUGACCUCUGAAAUAACGUCUGAAAGGACUGUGGUCCUGCUGAUGUUCUCUAAACGUAAGGUUUCUUGUACAUUUUUGUUGUGUAAAAUAUUAAUAAAAGGUG